UAGAACUUGAUUUUUUAAUUGAAAAAUGACGAAGAAAUUAGUGAAAGUUUUGUGGGCAGGACGAAUGUGUUAUCAAUCAGGACUUCACCUGCAGAAUCAAUUGUCGAAGCAUCAUCAUGACCCCGGCCUUCCCCCCGACUACCCGAGGCACUCAUUGAUCCUGAUAGAGCACAAUCCAGUCUACACAGUGGGAAUUCGCAACAAGGGCUACACUGACGAGGAGAUAGCGAAAUUAAAAGCGACUGGAGCUGAAUUUCACAAGACAAAUCGUGGGGGAUUGAUCACAUUUCAUGGGCCAGGUCAACUAGUCGUCUACCCGAUAAUUAAUCUGAGGGAUUUCGUGCCCAGUGUGAGAUGGUACGUCUGCCAGAUCGAGAGAAUGAUCAUAAGACUUUGCGCUGAAUUUGGAAUUAAAGGGGAGACAUCACCGGACACUGGGGUUUGGGUUGGUGAUAAGAAAAUUUGUGCCAUUGGAAUUCAUGGGAGUCGAUAUGUCACGACUCAUGGACUCGGGUUUAAUUGCAAUACUGAGUUGAAGUGGUUCGAGAAUAUUGUGCCUUGUGGAAUUGAGGGGAAAGGGGUCACGAGUCUGUCUAGGGAGCUCAAUGCUCAUGUUGGGAUUGAUGACGUUAUUCCGGUUAUGAAGAAUGCGUUUAGAGAGGAAUUUCAUUGUGAAAUUGUGGAUUUUGAACCGGGGGAGGCUUCGGGGUACUUGAGGACUGCUGUGCAGGCGGUUAAAAAGAUCUGACUUUGAUGGUUUUGUGGAGUGAGAGGACUUUAGUUUAAGGGAAUUCAUUUUUUUGAGAAUAUCUCAGAGACCAAUGGAUUUAGGAAAAAUGUUUUUAAAACUUUUUUGUAGUUCAUGAAAUUUCCUACAGAAGGUUUAUCGAUAUAAUUUCGUAUUUUGUGCAUGAAGUUGUGAAAAUGAUGAGAAUGAUGAGAAUUUAUAUUCAGUAGAGAAGUGACAAAAUUAUUUUAAUUUUACAUUCGAUCAUAUCAAUACUGAAUCAAACAGUUUUGUCACUUCUUCACUAAUUGACCAAUUGAUUUUUUGGGAUUGUAAGAAAUUAUUCAACGACUAAUUGAUCUGUAAAUUUCAAUAUAUUCUCAAUAGUGUCUUUUUAAAGCAGUGAUAAUAAAUAAAAAAGAAAAUGGAAAAUUCA